CCUAACAACCCACCUUACCCUGCUUAUCGUGCCACUGCAAAAGGCAGUUUUGCCGAAGACAGCACUAUCAGAAGAUGGCCUAUUAUUAUCGAUAGCGCCAUCACCGAGGUGAAGGAGGCCAUGGACGAAAUGAGUCCUCAUGGCCCAGAGUACAUUGAAGGAAAAGAGAUUCUCAAAGGUAUCGACACACUCAAGGACGAGAUUCUUAAAGAUAAGCCUCUUCGACUUAUCCAUGACGAUGAGACUGAUGCCGAGUCUUGGAAUUCCAACCUCAGAGCACAUUUCCCCUUUGCUACCUGGUUUAGCGGUACCUGGUUGUUUAAUGAGUGCUACAUGUACCGUCGUUUGCGCGAAUGUUUCUGUAUAACUACGUACUGGAAAGACUUUGAUCCUUUUGCCCGUCAAAAGAUCGCAACCUUCAGAUCGUCUUAUACAUCUGUGUUUGCUUUGGCUCGAAAGAUGCCCGAGCUCAUCAAACCUAUGGAUAAGGAGGAAUGGAAGUUUGUUUAUCAUGAGUUGAUCCAAGUCUGUCUGUGGGGAAAUGCCACCGAUCUCAGCCUUUUGACAAACAUGACUGAAGAAGAUAUCAAACGUCUUCAGGCUACUGAGAAGCAUCGGUUAGAAGAACAACGCAAGUUUAUUGUGGUUGACCACAUCGAUAAACUUUGGGAGCAAAUUGAAACCUUGGAAAAUGGCAAGAUCGAGUUUGUGCUGGAUAAUUCUGGCUUCGAGGUAUUUGUGGAUCUGGUGCUGGCUGACUGGUUAAUCCAGACCAAAAAGGCUUCUCAAGUUAUUUUCAACUGCAAGACCAUUCCUUGGUUUGUAUCUGAUGUUAUGCCCAAGGAUGUUCCUAUCCUUUUCGAAAGCUGUCUUGAUCCCACAUUCUUCCCUGUUGACACUAAGCGCACCACUGAGGAUGUCGAGGCCCUGGAAAAGAUGGUCAGACGCUGGCAACAGUACGUUCAGGAAGGUCAAUUGAUUAUUCGAUCGCAUCCUUUCUGGUGUAGUGGUUUGUCGUACUGGUAUCUCAAGUCAGAUGCUCCUGGUCUUUACAACGACAUGCAUAGCUCGGAUUUGGUUAUCUUCAAGGGUGACCUGAACUACAGAAAACUUGUCUUUUGCUGUGAUUGGCCAGUAACCACCCCAUUUGAAGAGGCUAUUGGCAAAGACAUGGCCAACUUUACAAGCAUUGUAUCUUUACGUACAAACAAGGCUGACCCAAUUGUUGGUCUCAAGGAAGGACAGAGAGAAGAAAUUGAAAAGGAAGCAACUUAUAAUGAGUGGCGCUGCAGUGGAAAAUAUGCUGUCGUAGAAUAUAACAAAGGA